UUAUUUCGCGGGAACUGUUGCAUCUUUUCGUUGCUGAGGAGUGACAGCAUCUGUAUUAAUACAAAACCUAAUUUCAUACUUGACGUAGCCUAGGACUGGUACAAGCUUUAUCUCUUGUCUGCUAAGGUCCGUCAUGUUCUCCGACUUGAGUGCCCAGAAAGACUCCUCUCUGCUCAGCCGCCCGGCCGGAGAGGAGCAGGGGCCGGUGUUUGACAGAGUGUCCCCGGCCUACAGCCCCUGCUCCGAGCGCUAUAAAGUGGGAGACAGGAGUUUCAGUCGCCAGUAUGCUCAUAUUUACGCAGCACGACUGAUGGAGAUGAGACCCCUGCUCACAGAGAGAGCUCAGCAGAAGUGGGGAUCAGAUGUGACGGUCAGGAAGCUGUGUGAUCUUCAGACAGGAGAGCAGUGUUGUAUUGUGGGAACCUUAUUCAAGCGCAUGGAGCUGCAGCCGUCUAUCCUGAAAGAGAUCAGUGAGGAGCACAAUCUGCUGCCUCAGCCUGCACGAACCAAAUUCAUAAGUGAAACAGAUGAGCUGAUUCUGGAGGAUGAGCUCCAGAGGAUCAAACUGGAGGGCAAAAUUGACAAAGACAAGUGUGUCACAGGUAGUGUUAUCGCAAUAUACGGAGCUGAGAGGAAUGAUGGAAAGUUCACAGUUGAGGACUUUUGCACAGCUGAUCUCCCUGUGCAGACAACGAGACCCACGCUCGGCACUGAUAAGUUCGUGCUCCUGGCUUCGGGACUCGGCCUCGGCAGUAGUCAUGCCGACAGUAUGCUGGGGCUACAGCUGCUUGUUGACAUGGUAACCGGUCAGCUUGGUGACCAGGGGGAGCAAAACGGAGCAGCAACGAUAUCAAGGGUCUUAUUGGCUGGAAAUCUCCUAAGUCAAAGCACCCUGGACAAGGAUGCAUCAACAAAGGCAAAGUACCUCACCAAGAAGACUCAGGCUGGCAGCGUGGAUGCCAUUCGUUUGCUGGAUGAGCUGCUGCUUCAGCUCGUGGCAUCUGUCCCGGUGGAUGUAAUGCCCGGCCAGUAUGACCCCACCAAUUUCACCCUCCCACAGCAGCCUCUCCACCGCUGUAUGUUCCCUUUGUCCUCGGUGUACCCCACACUACAGCUGGCCUCCAACCCAUACCAGGCUGAGAUAGACGGAGUCAGGUUCCUGGGCACAUCAGGCCAGAACGUCUGUGACAUCGAGAAAUACAGCAGCAUGGACAGUCACCUGGAAAUAUUGGAGGAGACGCUACGACUGAGACACUUAGCUCCUACGGCACCCGAUACCCUCGGUUGUUACCCAUUUUACCAAAAAGACCCAUUCAUCUUGGAAGAGUGUCCUCAUGUUUACUAUAGCGGGAACGCCCCUUCGUUUGAGUCCAAGCUCAUCAAAGGUCCUGAUGGCCAGGAAGUGCUUUUGGUUGCCGUUCCAAAGUUCAGCAGCACCCAAACGGCCUGCCUGGUCAAUUUACGCACUCUUGAAUGUGAGCCGGUCAGCUUCUCUGCUUUCUCUGCCGAAGACGACGAGGAGAGUGAGAUGAACAUCAGCCACUGAGGGACACACACACACACA